AUGGGUCGGUCGGAAUUUUCGAAGCCAAAGUCUAGAAUGGUGGAACCUCCGCGUCCAAAAGACGCAAACUUUGUUGAAGAAAAGGCUCAAAUGUCAAGUUCACCUGCAAGGAAUUCUCCCAACAAGAAUGUUGCUGACGCAACUAUUGUCACUCGAAGAAGCUCCUUGCUUGGGACUCCAGGAGAAGAAGAAGAUGAUGAUGAUGAUGAAGAACUGUACAAGACUGCAAAUAUUGAAGUGAUCAAGAGAUCUGGUAAGAAAUGGAGAGUUGUUGAGUUGUUUGCUUUUGCUUGUAUCGUGGGGAUUUUGAUUGCAAGCUUGACUGUGAAUGAGUUGCAAAGGAGGUUGAUUUGGGGAUUGGAACUGUGGAAAUGGUGUGUAUUGGUUUUGGUUAUCCUCUGUGGUAGAUUGGUCACUGAGUGGUUUAUCAAUGUUUUGGUUUUCUUGAUUGAGAGGAACUUUUUAUUUAGGAAGAAGGUUUUGUAUUUUGUUUAUGGUGUGAAGAAGAGUGUUCAGGCCUUUAUAUGGUUAGGUUUGGUUCUUGUAACAUGGGGUCUGCUUUUCAACCAUGGAGUGAAGAGAACCGGAAAGGUUACUAGGAUUCUUAAUUACAUUACUAGGGCCCUUGCUUCUUGCCUUAUUGGAGCAGCUAUAUGGCUAGCCAAAACAUUGUUGAUAAAACUUUUAGCUUCAAAAUUUCAAUCUACUAGAUUUUUUGACAGGGUGCAACAAUCAAUCUUUCAUCAAUACAUUCUUAAGACUCUGUCAGGUCCUCCCAUGAUGGAGGUGGCUGAAAAUGUAGGUAGGACUUCAAAGAGUGGCCACCUCAGUUUUAAGACCAUGAACAAUGAGAAUGAACUGGAGAAAAAACCAGUCAUUGAUGUAGACAAGCUAAAGAAAAUGAAACAAGAGAAAGUUUCUGCCUGGACUAUGAAAGGGUUGAUUAAUGUGAUAAGAAGUUCUGGGUUGUCUACCAUCUCCUAUACACCAGAUGCAGAUGAGAGUGACCAGAAAAAUAAUGAAAUUACGAGUGAGUGGGAAGCAAAGGCAGCUGCAUAUAGAAUUUUUGAGAAUGUAGCCAAGCCCGGACACAAGUAUAUUGAGAAGGAUGACCUCUUGCGAUUCAUGAAAAUUGAAGAAGUGGAAAAUGUUCUUCCACUGUUUGAAGGGGCAGUUGAGACUGGAAGAAUUAAGAGGAAGUCUUUGAAGAACUGGCUGGUAAAAGUCUACCUUGAACGCCGAUCGCUCAUACAUUCGCUGAAUGACACCAACACAGCUGUGGAUGACUUGAAUAUGCUUGCUUCUCUGAUUGUCCUUAUUGUGAUGGUUAUUCUAUGGCUUCUUAUAAUGGGGUUCUUAACAACUGAAGUUCUUGUCUUUAUUUCUUCCCAGCUUUUACUUGUGGUUUUCAUGUUUGGCAACACAGCUAAGACUGUAUUUGAAGCUAUUAUAUUUGUUUUUGUGGUGCACCCAUUUGAUGUUGGUGAUCGUUGUGUCAUUGAUGGAGUUCAGAUGACUGUGGAAGAGAUGAGCAUUCUAACUACCGUCUUUUUGAGGUAUGACAAUGAAAAGAUUUUCUAUCCAAACUCAGUUCUUGCAACAAAGCCAAUCAGUAACUUCUACAGGAGUCCAGAAAUGAGUGAUCGUGUUGAAUUUGCUGUUGAUUUUUCUACUGCUAUUGAAAGUGUUGGAACUUUAAAGGCAAAGUUAAAAGCAUAUUUGGAGAGUAGACCCCAACACUGGCGUCCCAACCACAGUGUAUUGGUUACGGAUAUUGAGAAUGUAAAUAAGAUGAAAAUGGCUGUGUGUGUUACUCACACCAUAAAUUUUCAGAACUAUGGGGAUAAAAACAGCAGAAGAUCUGAAUUAGUCUUGGAGUUAAAGAAAAUUCUUGAAGACCUUAACAUUAAAUAUCAUCUGCUGCCACAAGAAGUUCAUCUCAGUUAUGUAAGGAAAGCUCCCACGUCAGACACUCGCAAAUAUGCCCAAAAUUUCCACCUCUCAUUCCACUUCUGCCUCCACCACCAUUUCUCUCAAACCACGUUAACAUAUAAUCAACAAUCUUCACAGAAACUUAACCAACAAGUAGCAGGGGAAGCAAGAAAGAAGUGCAGAAAAGACAUGGCUUCCACUUCUGCAGUUUCAAUGGCUAUGCCUGCAAUUUGUGCCAGCCACAAGAGGGUGGUGGUUCCUAGCUCUGAUGCAUUCUUCAAGCCACUGCCUCUACGGUCUUCAAAGGCAGUGACGGCAUCAAAUCCCAAUGGAAGGUUUCAAGUGAGAGCCUCCAUGAAGGAGAAAGUUGUGACAGGGCUCACAGCAGCUGCAUUGACGGCUUCAAUGAUGGUUCCUGAUGUGGCCGAGGCUGCUGUCACACCUUCUCUCAAGAACUUCUUGCUCAGCAUCAUCGCCGGCGGAGUGGUUGUUGCGGUCAUUGUUGGUGCUGUAAUUGGUGUUUCCAAUUUCGAUCCCGUCAAACGAAGCUGA